AUUUGAUCAUUUGUUAUUUUUUUAAUUUAUUUUUUAACAAAAUGCCAUUUUAAAAACCAGAAAUGAAUUCUACGUUAUUGAUUUAUCCGAAAUUGAUACCAAACAUGACCUAUCCUAUUAGCUACACAGGGAUUGUUCGAAUAUUUAUAACAAACCCGGGCGGAGCAGUAUUUUAAUCGCCCCCCCCUCUCGGACCCCAGAGGGUGAGGUCCCGAUGGCUCGACUUACUUUGAUAUAAGGAACCACUGUGCCCAGUUUCAUGCCUUAUUCAAGAAAAGUAAGGUUCGACCUCUUUUUGUCACUAAGAAGCUAUAAACCGUGUUCUUAGCACCGCCGGGCUGCGUUAGUCCGUCGGUCCGUGCGGCCGGGGAAGCAUGGAUUGUAGUUAUUAACUAUUUAUUGUUUGUAAACAAGGAAAAUGAUACAAAAACUAGUUUUUGUGCUAACAGGACUCGCGUUAUCUGAAGCCGACAUCUAUGCAUACAGCGACGUAGACUACCAAGCCAAUGGCGCCCAGCACUUGAGAUGGGCUGUGGAAGUAUACGAUUAUUCCAAGGUAGAACGAGAUCACAAGUGUGGAGGGUCUCUUGUCACACCCUCAGCUGUAAUAUCAGCGGCUCGGUGCUUCUGGGGUAAAGGGGAGCAGCUCCCUGCCUCCCGGUUCGAGGUGGCGAGGACUUUCGAAGGAAACGACAUCGGCCCUAUUUGGCAAACGGUGCAGAAGUCCAAAGUCCGCACAAUCCACUUUCCCCCGUCGUACCAGGACAGCGCUGGUCGGUACGCAGACGACAUUGCCUUGCUGAUGCUCGCGAAGCCGCUCCGUGGCGUGAUGCUUAUAUGUGUUAGUUUCAACAAAGACCUGGAGAAAAGGCAGCUGACUGAAGGCAACUUCGGUCGGAAUAUGGGCACACUACAACUGGGGGGCAACGGGCUCCCCUCUAGUCUGUUCACGGCAUUAGAGGUGCCCUACGUGUCCCGAGACCGCUGCGACCAGGGAGAACUCUACUACAGAGAACAGCUUACGGACGACAAGAUCUGCACUGGAUUUAAACAAGAUUCCCGCGGCAGACCCCAGUCGCUGAUCUGCCGCGCCGACCACGGCAGCGGCCUAGCGUUCUACAGCGGUACUGAGUGGAAUGCUGUACCAUACCUGCGUGGUGUCGCGUCCACACCGUUCACUGCCCCUUCACACAGCAUCUGUUCUACAUACAGGUACGCUGCGUUUACGCGCGUUUCAUCGCACCAACGGUUUUUGGAGCAACACAUACCCGGAAUAGAGGAUAAGUGUGCGCAGUACUACAGAAUGCAUGCAGACGACAAUUUUGAAUGCAACUGUCAUUGUAAAAAUAAUACAACUAGUACCUAAGUUUUCCC